CGUAGCUAGUAAAACAAUUCCGAGCAUCGAAACGCGGACUCGGCUCUCGCCGUUUUGGCAGCGAUACUACGCGCGGCUCUCCGAACGCCUACUUCUCCGGCCCGCCACCGCCGCCGCCGCCUUUUCUUCCAUCUUCCGCCUUCCGCUUCGACGUGCAGCAACCUUCGCGGAGCGCCAGUUUGAAUUGAUUUGGACGAAUUUAGAGUGCUGCGGGUAGGAACCGGAAGCGAUGCUUUCCGGAGUCAAAUUCGUUCCUCGUGACCAGAUUGAUGAGCAGAGGCGAGGCAAAAGCUCGGAUUCUGGAGCGGGGGAUCGGGGGAGAUCCGGUGGUCGGAAGGAGAAAUAUAGUAGAAAGAAGAAAGCUUCUCGGUACGAGAGUUCAGAUGAUGAGGAGCUCCAGCAAAUAAGGAAGACGCCUAGGAGGAAGAAGUGGUACUCGUCCGAGGAGUAUUCUUCUUCUCAUUCAAGCGGAAGUGACGAUGACGACUCCCCACGAGAUGAAAGAAGGCGUCGUAAAAGAAGAAGAGGAAGAGUGAUGCUAAAGAAUCGGAUGGUGGGUCCAGAAGGAAGAGGAAAGGCAAAAGUGGUAGGAAGAAUUCUGAGGAUCUUUCUUCUCCUUCAGGUUCUGAAAAAUCUGAUAGCUUUGAGGGUGAUGCUAGGAAAGAGAAACAUUGGAAAGGUAGUAAGAAAGAUGGACAGAAGAGGGGGAAGGAAGGAGCUCAUCAGGGCGCGGUCGAGGGUGAUUUUGAUGACCAGAAAAUUGUGAGGAGAGAAAUGGGGUUAGAAUGGAUGCUGAGGCCUGAACAAAAGACCGAGAGAAGCCCACCAAUAAGUGUUGAUAAAGUGCCAUUGGAAACUGAAAAUGAAGAGGCAAUGAAGGUAAAUCCAAGGGAGUUAAAUCCUUUUUUUAAGAAUAAUGGAAGCGGCUAUCCAGAAGAAGAUGGACCAAAAUCUGGUGGAGACCGGCUUAUGCCUCCAACAGUUGUCGGGGAUGGAGGUGCGAGUUGGAGGCUGAAAGCCUUAAAACGAGCGAAAGAGCAGGCAGCUAGGGACGGACGAAAUAUUAAGGAGGUUGUGGCCGAACGUUGGGGGUCCCUGGGUCAUCUGGCGGUUUCUGCUGCAUCUCAUAGAGCUGCUCCUUCUCGUGCUCAUUUGGAUUCUAUAAGAAACCGAAAGAGAGGGUUAAUGGAAGAGCAACAAACAGCUGGCCAGGAUGAAGAAGAUGGCCACACUAAGAAGGGGGAUUAUCAGAAUAAGCGAAACUAUUUGAAGGAUGUCUCUCUUCGCAAUCCUGACAUGCGGGUACCGAAAGUUGAUGACUCGUUAUCAUGGAGAAAGCGAAGAGGUCAAAAUCUAUCUGCCAGGGAUGCUGAUGCCGAGCUCAUCUCUUCCGCCAUGUCCAAUUUAAACAAAUAUUCUAAUGAUGGAAGCUUCUUGCAUACAACUCUUGGUCAACAGAGAAACGUAUCUGGUGAUUCUUCAUCUUCACAACCUGCACAUGACAGGAAAGUGGAUAUGUCAGAAGAAAAUAAGCCUCGCGAAGUAAUUACACAGGUGAAUGACGGGUUAAGUGCAAACCAGUUGGCAGCUAAGGCUUUGCAGCUUCGCUUGAAAGGAAAGCAUGACGAAGCUGAAAAACUAUUGCAAGAAGUGGAGAACUUGAGAAAUAAGCAGCUUACUAGUGAUUCUUCAGUCAAAUCACAGAAUAAGGAAGGCACAAACAGGAAUGUUUUAUAUGAUGUAUCUCAUCGGCGGAAGGAGGAGGAGGAUGCUGACAGGCAUCUAGCUAAAACAAUAAUGCAAAAUAGCCGUUAUAGUACUUCAGGCCAAGCGGAUGAUGAAUAUGAUUUUGAUGGUCCCCCAAGGAAAAGGUCUCAGAAGAAAGGAGCUAGCAAUGACCAGAAGUCCACUCAGAGUAGCAUUUUGGCAAAGCGCAUCUUGACUCAGCAGGAGCGCUGCUUUUACUGCUUUGAGAAUCCAAAAAGGCCAAGACACCUAGUUGUUUCAAUUGCGAACUUUACAUAUUUGAUGUUACCACCGCAGCAGCCUGUUGUGCCCGGCCAUUGCUGCAUAGUCACAAUGCAGCAUGAAUCAUCCACAAGAACUGUUGAUGAUAAUGUGUGGGAAGAGAUUCGGAAUUUUAAGAAGUGCCUGAUUAUGAUGUUUGCAAAGCAAGAGAAGGAUCUUGUGUUUCUUGAGACGGUGAAGGGGUUGGCACAGCAACGACACCAUUGUUUGAUCGAGUGCCUCCCGUUACCAAGAGAAGUCGCAAAUGAUGCUCCUCUUUACUUCAAAAAGGCAAUUGACGAAGCUGAAGAUGAGUGGAGCCAGCACAACGCCAAGAAACUCAUCGACACCAGCGUGAAGGGAUUGCGGGCUUCCAUUCCAAAGGACUUCCCAUACUUUCACGUGGAGUUCGGCUUGAACAAGGGCUUCGUUCACGUGAUCGACGAUGAGAAGGAUUUCAAGAGCAGCCUCGGCCUUGACGUGAUCAGGGGGAUGAUGCGUCUGCCUGAGGAAGACAUGCACCGGCGUCGUAGGUCCGAAUCCAUAGACACACAGAAGCAAGCGGUCGCAAGUUUCAUGCAAGAUUGGGAACCAUUCGACUGGACAAAACAACUAGAUUAGUGUUUGCCCGGAGUUUUGUGUAACAUUCGGAUCAAGCUGAAUAGUUAUGUAGUUAAGAAGCAUUCUUGCUCUUAUUUGUAAGAUGCAAUAUGAGGGAAAAUUCAAGUAAUCUUCACGCCAACAGCUAAA